CCCACCUGUCGCUGCGGGGGGCGCGGCAGCAAGGCACCACCUUGGACAUGCAAGGGCGGGAGGCGCACGCGCGCUGAGACGAUGGCAUCUGCCAGCGGGACCUGCUGCCGCUGUUGCUGGGGCACCGUUGCGCUGGGGCUGCUCGUGCUGCUGGGGGCGGCGCUGGACCUGAGCGAGCAGUACCCGGCCCUGUCGUUGCUCAAGCAGGAGCGGCACCGGCAGCAGCGGCAGGGCCAGGCUGGGGGCUGCCCCCAGGCGCCGGACUGGGGCGAACAAUACUCGGCCGAGUGCGAUUCACCACUUUUGCAUUUCCAUGAGUCAGACUGUGAACUAAGAGGGUCUUCAUCCUGUGAAUCUCUGCUUUCUCUCAAUACUGAAAAAAUUCUGAGCCAAGCAAAGUCACUUGCGGAACAAAAACGAUUCCCAUUUGCCACUGAUAAUGACAACACAAAUGAAGAUUUGGCAAUUGCCUACGUGUUGAUUGGCAGCGGCCUAUAUGAUGAAGCAAUAAGACAUUUUUCAACAAUGCUACAGGAAGAUCCAGAGCUGGUUAGUGCUAUUUAUGGACGAGGGAUAGCAUAUGGGAAAAAAGGACUUCAUGACAUAAACAAUGCUGAGCUUGCCCUAUAUGAGCUGAGCAGAGUAAUUAGUCUGGAACCAGAUCGCCCUGAAGUAUUUGAACAGCGAGCAGAGAUAUUGUCCCCCCUGGGCCGAAUUAGUGAGGCACUGGCUGAUCUCACCAAAGCUAUUCAGCUGCAGCCAUCGGCACGACUUUACAGGCACAGAGGUACUCUUUACUUCAUAUCUGAGGACUAUGCAACAGCUCAUGAAGACUUUCAGCGCUCCUUGGAACUGAACAAAAACCAGCCUGUAGCUAUUCUAUACAAAGGCUUAACCUUUUUCCAUAGAGGACUUCUGAAGGAAGCUAUUGAAUCAUUCAAAGAAGCCCUGAAGCAGAAAGCUGAUUUCAUAGAUGCAUAUAAGAGUCUGGGACAGGCCUAUAGGGAACUUGGUAACUUUGAUGCUGCCACAGAGAGUUUCCAGAAGGCUUUGUUGCUAAAUCAAAAUCAUGUUCAGACGUUACAGCUCAGGGGAAUGAUGCUUUACCAUCAUGGUAGCCUAGACGAGGCACUGAAGAAUUUUAAGAGAUGUCUUCAGCUAGAGCCAUACAAUGAAGUAUGCCAGUAUAUGAAAGGUCUCAGUCAUGUUGCAAUGGGGCAAUUUUAUGAAGGCAUAAAAGCUCAGACUAAAGUUAUGUUAAAUGAUCCACUACCAGGCCAGAAGGCUAGCCCAGAGUACCUAAAAGUGAAAUACCUCCGAGAAUAUUCUCGAUAUUUGCAUGCACAUCUUGAUACCCCUCUUACUGAAUAUAACGUAGAUACAGAUCUUCCUGGAAACUUUAAGGACCAUUGGGCCAAAAACCUUCCCUUUUUAAUAGAAGACUAUGAAGAACAGCCAGGAUUGCAGCCACAUAUAAAGGAUGUGCUAUUUCAGAAUUUUGAAAGCUAUAAACCUGAAGUGCAAGAACUUGUAUGUGUGGCUGAUCGUCUGGGUUCACUGAUGCAAUAUGAGACGCCAGGAUUCCUUCCAAAUAAGAGAAUGCACAGAGCAAUGGGGCUGGCUGCGUUGGAAGUAAUGCAAGCUGUACAGCGGACAUGGGCAAACUCAAAAGUUCGAAUGAAUGGGAAAACCAGAUUGAUGCAGUGGAGAGAUAUGUUUGACAUUGCUGUGAAAUGGCGAAGGAUAGCUGAUCCAGACCAGCCCGUGCUUUGGUUAGACCAAAUGCCAGCUCGAAGUCUUAGUAGAGGCUUUAAUAACCACAUCAAUCUAAUCAGGGGACAAGUCAUUAACAUGAGGUACCUGGAAUAUUUUGAAAAAAUACUUCAUUUUAUCAAAGACAGGAUCCUUGUUUAUCAUGGUGCUAAUAAUCCUAAAGGUUUGCUAGAAGUUAGAGAAGCACUGGAAAAUGUACAUAAAGUAGAAGACCUUCUCCCCAUAAUGAAGCAGUUUAACAGUAAAACAAGAGAUGGGUUUACUGUAAACACAAAAGUCCCUAGCCUCAAAGAUCAAGGGAAGGAAUAUGACGGAUUCACAAUUACAAUAACAGGAGACAAAGUUGGGAACAUAUUAUUUUCAGUGGAAACUCAGACAACGGAAGAAAGAACACAAUUGUAUCAUGCAGAAAUAGAUGCACUAUAUAAGGAUCUAACAGCCAAAGGAAAAGUACUAAUUCUAUCUGCAGAACUUGGGGAGGCAGAUGCUGUGUGCAACCUAAUCCUGUCUUUAGUUUAUUACUUCUAUAACUUAAUGCCACUCUCAAGAGGAUCCAGCGUGAUAGCUUAUUCGGUGAUCAUGGGAGCACUGAUGGCAAGUGGGAAAGAAGUAGCAGGAAAAAUACCAAAAGGAAAGUUGGUUGAUUUUGAAGCCAUGACAGCACCUGGUUCUGAGGCCUUUAGCAAAAUAGCCAGAAGCUGGAUGAAUCUCCAAAGUAUUUCUCCUUCUUACAAGAGUCUUCCAUCAGUAUCAGAGAGUUUUCCAACGUUAAGAACAAUGAUUGAGGUGCUAAAUGCAGAUUCUUCUCGUUGUCUUAAAAGAACUAUAGUUGCUGUGUAAUUUAUACAAAUAAAGGGCCAAGACCUCUUGUUUUGUAAAUUAUUUUUGAAAAGGAAAAAUUAUGAAUAAACUGGGUCCUUUGUUACUUUUGAUACAAUUUUUGAUAAAUGUAAUGCUUGAACCAUUUUCUUUACCUUAGGGGCUCUAAACAAACAGGAAAAUCUUUGUUUGAUUGAAAAUAUAUGAUGAAUGUUUCCAUGCCACUGCUUUCCAAAUAGAAAAUUUAUUUCAGUGACCAAACCUAAGGGUGAUAUAAUAUAAUUGAAUGGGAACUAUUUUGAACCUGCUGCAGAUAUGGAUUUUGUUCUUAAAGAAUGUUUUCCUUAAUGCACUUUGAAAAUCCCAUAUCUGCUCCGUCUUUCAGUCAUAUGUCUUCAGGUUCUUCAAAACAAAAAAUUUAACUGUGAAAACUUUAUGAACCAUACCUAUGUGUAUAAUGCAUAAAUACACACGUUACAUAAUGUUGUCUUCUGAAGAAGUGUUUCAAAUACCUGUUUGACAAAUAAUGUCAGGAACACUUGUAAAGAAAUUGGUUUCAGGAAAACAAACUUUGGAAAUAAAAAUAAACAAAUGAUAUGCUUAAAA